GAUUUGCAAUUGCAACUCGACAAUUUUUGGUUCUUUUUACUUUCAUUAUUUUAUCAUUUUGUUACGAUUUGGCACAAUCGAGAAUACAAUUUGGUUUUUUUCUUUUAAUACCAAAAGAGAUAUUUCCGUGUUUGCCAAACGUGCCUUAGCGCGGGCCAACUUUCAACGGCCGAUCACUAAUUACGUCACGUUUCAUAUCACUGAAAACGACGAGCGGAGACGGCCUCGAACUAUUAUUAGUUAUGAACCGUGUGAGGCAAAAGAUUAUUUAUUUCAGUUUUUAUUCUCAUUAGUCUUUUGAGUGAUCGCUCAAAACUUUUUUUUAAUCAUUUUGAUGUCCCCUAAAGUUUGUUCGACCAAUUGACAGUAAAGAUUUAAUUCAAGUGUGUUUCCAUAAAUCUGGACAAAUGCCUGCUCAAUUUGACGGCUCAAUAAUAAAUAACGUUUGAAAUUUAUCAUGAGUGGAGAAAGUUUCGAGCGACAUGUGCUUUCGCUUCACGGUGAAGCAAAGUGGCGAGAGAUCGUUAGUUUGGGCGCGAGUGAGGAAAACGAUCAAGGCCGUAGGCUUUUAUGGGUUUGGCCGAGGUUGAACGACUUGGACUGGUUAAAGAAGAUGUUGGACAAAUAUAAAUUGGACGGAAUUGCAAGUAUUGGAUGCGGUUCUGGAUUGUUCGAGUGGAUUAUUCAACAACAUUCAGGUUCCAACGUCAUAGGCAUAGAGACCGAUAAGUCUUGGUGGCACAGUGGAUAUUCAGCGCCCCUUUUUUUGAAAAAUACUGUCUUUGUCGAGGCCAAGAAGGAAGAGGCAGAAUUGAAAAUACCACCAGGAUACGCGCUUUUCUUUUGUUACUUCAACAAUGGAACAGCAUUCGCGAAUUAUAUGAAGAACUUUAAGGGCAGAGUGGUCAUAGCUAUUGGCCCUGAUGAAGGCAUCUUUCGUACCACUGAUCCACUGCCAUUUGAUAAAAAAUUCGAGAAGUUUGGUUGGAGCAUCAGGAACGUUCGAAGGUUCGCGAACGGCAAAGAUUUGGCGGUUAUUUACACAAAGUGAGGCUCCAGAUGGGCACAAAUGUUGUUCCUCAUGGCACGAAAUAUACAAAUUUGUUGAAGAACUGUAUAUUUUCGUAAUAAAUCAGAGAAUUCAAAUAUUUUAAGAUAAAAACCAAAA